CUUUCUCCCCAGAGCAAGCAGAGGAGCCGCACACCCUCUUCGCUGUGGGGGCUUUCUUGUGCGGACGGACCUGCGGGUCCUUCGGUGCUCCAGCAGAAUUAACGGCUGUUCCCUCUUACUGGCAUGGCUGCUCUCGGGGCCUGCAGUUGUUUGCCAUUAAGACAAAGGGGCCCGAACCGGUCUGCUAAUCCGCCCUCCUUUGCCUGCCCAGCCCUCAGCAGCGCGAGGAAGGUCCACCUGCCUCCGGGGCCCUUGCACCGCGUGGAAGGCAUGACCCUUACCAUCCCCUGCGAGGUCUCCGAGUACGAGGGUCCUUCUCUGCAGCAGUUCGAGUGGUUUCUGUAUCGCCCGUCGGCGCCCGACAUCUCCAUCGGCAUGGUCAGCACACGAGACCCCAACUUUCCUUACGCCGUUUUUGGGCCCCGGGUGCAGGCCGGCAACGUCUCCAUCCUGCGCGUUCGGGGUGAUGCUGUGGAGCUGCGCGUGAGGGCGGUCCGGGUGGAGGACACCGGUGUCUACGAGUGCUACACCCCCACCACGGAUCUCAGAUACCACGGGACCUACAGUGCCAAGGUGGAGGUCAGAGUGAUCCCAGACCAGCUCUCUGUCUCUGCUGCCCCUCCCUCCGGUGCGAAGCCCCCUUUCCAGGGCCGGGCGGCCACGGCUGCUUCCCCUCCCCAGCUGGCACUUCUGGAGAGCCAGGACCUCCUGCUCACGUGCUCCGUGGCCAGUGGGACGUGGCAACACACCCACCUCUCGGCCUCCUUUGCCUUCGCGGCCCCCAGCAACCCCCGGCUUCUGCAGGAGGUGAUCGGGCUGCGGCGGGACUUCGCUCUGGAGGCAGCCGGACGUUUCGCCCCGCGGCGCUCAGCCCGUGAGCUCUCGCUGGUCAAGCUGGGCGACCGGCAGUACCAGAUGGUGCUGGGCCGGCUCAGGCCAGAGGACUCCGGGACGUAUCACUGUGCCGCGGGGGAGUGGAUCCAGGAUCCGGAUGGCAGCUGGCAGCAGAUCGCUGAGAAGCGGGUAGCACUGGCUCACGUCCUGGUUCAAAGCGUAGCGAGCCAGCUGUCGGUGUCUGCAAGCCCCCCCAGACUCCUCCUGAGCUCUGGAGAAGCCCUGCAGCUGUUCUGCAACAUCUCUGGGGCCCCGGUCCUCCUCUUGCCCCACGCUGCCUUUGCGGUCAGCUGGGAGCUGAGGAACGAUGCUGCUGGGGAAGCGCAUCUUGUCGCCCGGCUGGAGGCCAGCGGAGGGCUUGUCCUGGGCAAGAACUACGCCAACCGCAACGUGGGCACGAGGCACAUCUCUCUGCAGAAGCUGGCCUCCCCUCUGGGUGCUUAUCUGCUGCGGAUCGAGUCGGCCCAGCCGGCGGACGUGGGCCUGUAUCGCUGCGGGGUCCAGGCCUUUGCGCGUUCGCCCAGCGCAGAGUUGCGCCAGCUGGCCACCGUGAGCUCGGAGGCGGUCAGCGUGGAGAUAAAGUCCGAAGCGGUGCUGCUGGGGGCCACUGCCUGGCUGCCGUUCCCCACCCUCUACCGCGGGAGCACGGCCGACGUCCGGUGCAACGUCUCGGUGGAGUCGGCUCAGAACGUCCACCUGGCGCUCAGCUGGUGGGCAGAGCUGCCGCAGCAGGGCUCCGCCCCGCUUGGUGCCGUCCUGGCCACUGUGGACCGCGAGGGGGUGGCCCAGCUGCAGAAGCGGCCGUCCGGCGGGGCGGUGAGCGUGGACAAAGUGGGGCCGCAGAGCCACCGGCUGCGCCUCCACGAGGUCCAGCCGUCCGAUGAAGGGGAUUACUAUUGCGCGGUGACGGCGUGGGUGCGCUCUCCUGACCGCAGCUGGUAUCAAGCCGCUUCGGUGAAGUCCAACAUGGUCACCGUGUAUCCCUACACGCUGCCCAUCGACACCCUCGUCAUCCCUCUGGCAGUCGGCUUCUCCAGCGCCCUCCUCCUGGGGGUCUCCAUCCUCGUCUCGGUCACCUGUUGCUUCAUGGCAAGGCUGCGCAAGAGGUGAACGCGGCGGGCCAGGAGGACGGAGUUACCCGGAAGCCGCCUUCCAAGCCAAAGGUUUCUGCCCUGUGUCGGUUGUCACAGUUCGAUUUGCUUGAGGGCUGGUGGGGAUGGGCUCAGAUGUCUUUCACCCCCCACUCCCCGACCCCCUCUCCAUUUGCAGGCUCCUCCUGCUGCUCUGUUCUGUCUUCUUAAAACCGUCGGCGGCCUGCUUUGUGCUCCACCAAGGCAGCGACUUCAGUCUUUAUCCCUCUGGAACGGACUCUGGGCUCUGGCUGGGUCCUCAGCUCUUCUGAAGGACCUCCCUUCCACAAAACAGGGCGCGGGUCUCUCAUGCACCUGAGCCGGGAAGGGAUCCCCGCUGGCAUGGGGCGCAGGCUUUUUCCCAAGGACGUCUACCAUCUAGACCUGGAGAGCAGACAGCUCCCCCUCUUCUGCCACAGAUUGCUGGCCUCGGGGAAGAGGGAGCGUUGAGCUUGGAGGCUUUCAGAUGUCCUGUACUCCAGUGCGGGUCCAGCGGAGGCCAGCUGGAAGGAUUAUUUGCCAUCCUCCAAGAAAAGCUCAAGAACUGAGAUGAAUGCCCUGCCUUGGAAACCCACCAGAAGCCCCAAAGCAGGAGCAGCCGUCUUCUGACACUCUGAUUGUGCCAAAUGAACCCGCUUAGGGGUUGGGGAACUUUCCGCCUGUGCCACCCCCUCUGGGGAUCUGAGCCACCCCCUUGCCCUGGCCUUGGUUUCCUGGUGCGGAAGCUGCCUGCGGGAGUCCCCGAUGGGCACAGGGAGAUGCCAUAGCAACAGGCCCGCACCCCAGCACCAUUGAGGCUGCCCGGCACAAGCACCAGAGCAGAGAGCCCGAGCGGAAGAGCGGGGCCAAUGUCUGCGUUUUGGCUGUAGAAGAAGAGCAGCUGUUUCCACCAGCCAGGCCGUUUCCAGGUAGCGCACUUUGUUUCCACCCAACUCUGCAAACUUCCCAAACCAUCCGAGGAGGAAUCCCUGGGUUUCUCCGCGAAAGAUCAUCGUGCCAUCAAGUGAAGCGAGUCAUUUUUGUGUCGUCUGUGAGUGUGUGCAUGCAAGGGGGAGACCCUUGGUUGGCUCCCCUUUAGAUUUCCAUUGCCAGUAAGGAACGCUCCAGGCUGUGCCCGCAGCGCCCGCGCCCAUCCCGGAAGAGCAGCCUCGGGCAGACUUGCAGAGCAGCCAGGCCCUGGGAUCGGCUCUUCUGCCUUUUGCUGUCCCAGCGUCCCGCUCAGAGGGGAGAGGGUGAGAUCCGCCCACCCAGGAGGCUUGGCAGCUGGUAGCUGAUGGUGCUUAAAGGAAGACCGGGGCCCCUCCCAGUUUGGGGAAGGGAGAAGCGGUCAGCUGUCGCGAGCGAUUAUGGAAGUAAUGUUCGCAAGGCCUGAAUGGGCCGAAAUAAAAAUGUGAGCU